GGAACCACCUAUGGCGAGAGACAACAUGGUUCGAAGGAUGGACGAGCAUGAUUCCCGCCUCGAUUGCUACUGCGACUGCAAUACCUGUACUUAUGCAAGCCAUCUUGCAUAUGCCGAGCUUACCUGUCUUGGUAAUGCUGUUCCCUUUGGCGUGGACCACAGAUAGAAUAGUUUUAUUUGCAUCUGGCUCCAUGCUGGAAUCCUCCAGAGGAAAUAUUCUCCGUGGAGCGGGAGUAGUCAUUUUUACAUCAAUAAUCAUUCUUUGGGAAGAAUAUCGACUCAUAGUUCCUGGGAUAAUCUUUGGAGUAACUGGAAUGAUAUCUUGUGGAAUUUCCAAAGCCUUGCUUUCCUUAGCUUGCAGACACAUCAAGCUCAACAAGGCCUCCUCAGCCCUGGUGAGCGCCCACCAUGGAUUUGUUAUCCUGACCGCUGUAUUUGGUCUUAUCAUCACAGGAUUGUCAAGUUAUACCUUCGAACAUAUUGCUCACUCGAGCCCCGUGAUGAGCUAUACCUCUGCAUUGAUUUUCAUCAAUCUUGGUUCUAUGGCCGCAGCCAUACUAUCAGGAAGUUCGUUGCUUAUGUUUUCGCCUACGCUUUUUAUUCAAAUGUCUUCGGAAUCAAAUGAUAUUAUAUCACAUAUCCCUAAUUUUGUCGCAUCUAGCGCCUCGUCUACCUUGAUUUUUUUGCUUUCAAUGCUAUCUAAUCCAGUAUCUUAUGUUUCGCCGGUGCAGUACAUAGCAUACUACACUGCAUUGAUUGCUUUGCUUACCCUAUCGGGAAAGUCCACCAACACCAGUUCACAGUAUCACAGUCUCGGAGAAAGUGAAAGAAUGAUCCACAGUGGAACGUUCCGGCCAAACUCUCCUGCUGAAGUCUCACAAUACACAACCAAAACGACAUUUAUAAAAAAUGUUUCCUUGGGCUUACUAUUGCCAAUAAUCUGGCUACUUACAUCGACGGUCAGAACAAGCAAUAACACAACACCUGCCGAUAUCCCUGCACAUCUGGAUAGAACCUACGUUGCCGAGUCUAGUUUUGAUAUCGUCGUCAGUAUGUAUGAGGAAGAUCCAGUAUCUGUCAAGACCAUGCUUGCAUCAAUCAAGUCCACAACCUUUCUCAAAACAAUUCACCCAAGAAUAAUUAUCUACACCAAGAAACCUUUAUCCGAUCUUACUGCGCUACGAAAUUAUACAAGUGUAGAUAUUGUCCAGCAGCUCGAGAAUUUGGGACGAGAAGGUGGCACCUACCUGCAUCAUAUUGUCACGAAUUGGGAUAGUUUGGCCCAGAAAACCAUGUUUAUUCAAGCACAUGCUCAUAAUAUGCGCGAGUUGAUACCCCGUGUUGAUAAUUAUCUUGUUGAGAAUACGGGAAUGCUUAACUUAGGGUUCGCUGGCGUAUUAUGUGACUGCCAAGACUGCAGUGAUCGAUGGGGCUGGAAAGAUCAAUGGGAAAUGGUGCCAUCUUUAUAUAAAAGACUGCAUCAUAAUGAGACGUGUGAGGAGCCAGUUCUGCUGUCUUACAAGGGACAGUUUGUAGCUUCCGCAAAUCGGAUUAGAGGAAUUCCACUCGGCAUCUAUGAGGAAUUGCUUGGUGCCAUAACGUCGAAGACUGGUUGGAGCCACAAUGAAAGCAUAAUUGGUAAUAACUUGGACAGGCCGGAUGCACCGUAUUUCGGGUAUACUGUCGAGAGACUUUGGAAUCUGCUUUUGCAAUGCUCAAACUUACGGAUUGCAACUAUGUGUCCAAGUUUACUAAGCCAACGGAGGAGAUUCGGUAGGAUAGAUGAUUGUCAAUGCUUAGAUUGAAACAAUGUAUUCGUAGUCUCGGAACAGCUUGAGCUUUAGGGGUUUUC